UCAAACUUGACGCGCUCCGUUUUAAGUGGCAGAAAGCAACACGUAACUAACGUCGGAUAACCUCACACCGCCUCGGUAUUGUCUGGUGUGAGGAGAAGAGUCUGCUAUGGCCGCCUUUAGCUCGCCCUCUGGGGUUUAAAACAGACGUUUAUUGGGGAGAGGGGGACGGGGGAUGACGAAGGUUUUUUUUUUUUUUGACGGAGCGUCAAGUUUACAUGUUGACUUGAGACGGAAUAUCCGAGUCACAUAGACUCGACUGCGUUUCCUCCUCCGCAGGUAAAAGACUCCCUUUUUAUUUAUUUAUUUUUAUUUUAGUGGACAUCUUCCUUCUUCAUCUGUAAUAGUGCGCGCGGAGCCGCGAGUCGGCUCAACGGCUGUUUAGGGAGAGUAACGGUCCAACGGUUAAGCCCCUUUAUAAGCUUCUUUUCGUUAGCCCUGGUGUGUGUGUGUGUGUGUGUGUGUGUGUUUGUUUGCGUGUGUGUGUGUGUGUGUGUUAAAACGGACUCUGUCCUCCUUGUGUUGCGCAAACAAACAAACAAACAAACAAAACAAACAAACAAGACGGGAUGGAUACUUCCGGUUUCCGCACCGGGAGCCUCGACAGCCUCCACCACCCGAGUGACGUCGACGAUGACGACGAGAUGGUGGACAUCGCGGGCGCCACGCUGGACUUCUCCCACACGGACGACGACCCCCCCCUCGGCUCAGGUGAUUACGAGGAGCGCGGCGGCAGCAGAGCCGCCGGUAUGAACGGCAACGGCCCCAACAAGAUGGUGGACCCGCUGGAGGACCCGCUGCCCGGCUUGGGCACCUACGAAGACUUCAACACCAUCGACUGGGUGAGGGAGAAGAGCAAGGACCGAGACCGGCACAGAGAGAUCACCAACAAGAGCAAAGAGUCCACGGUGGCUCUGCUGCACAGCGUCAGCGACGCCUUCUCCGGGUGGCUGCUCAUGCUCCUCGUGGGACUCAUGGCAGGUGCGCUCGCCGGCGGCAUCGACAUCGCGGCCCACUGGCUCACGGACUUGAAGGAGGGCCUCUGCCUCGUGGGCUUCUGGUUCAACCACGAGCACUGCUGCUGGACCUCCAACGAGACCACGUUCCAGGAGCGGGACCGCUGUCCUCAGUGGCAGAGCUGGGCGGAGCUCAUCACGGGCACGUCAGAGGGCGCGUUCGCCUACAUCGUGAACUACCUGAUGUACAUCGUCUGGGCUCUGCUCUUCGCCCUGCUGGCCGUGGCGCUGGUCAGGGCCUUCGCGCCGUACGCCUGCGGGUCGGGAAUACCGGAGAUCAAAACCAUCCUCAGCGGGUUCAUCAUCCGCGGCUACCUGGGCAAGUGGACCCUGAUCAUCAAGACCAUCACCCUGGUCCUGGCCGUGUCCUCGGGCCUCAGCCUGGGGAAGGAGGGCCCGCUGGUCCACGUGGCGUGCUGCUGCGCCAACAUCCUGUGUCACCUGUUCACCAAGUACCGCAAGAACGAGGCCAAGCGGCGAGAGGUGUUGUCGGCGGCGGCGGCGGUGGGCGUGUCCGUGGCCUUCGGCGCUCCCAUUGGAGGAGUCCUGUUCAGCCUGGAGGAGGUGAGUUAUUACUUCCCCCUGAAGACGCUGUGGCGCUCGUUCUUCGCCGCCCUGGUGGCGGCCUUCACCCUGCACUCCAUCAACCCGUUCGGGAACAGCCGUCUGGUGCUGUUCUACGUGGAGUUCCACGCCCCGUGGCACCUGGUGGAGCUGGUCCCCUUCAUCCUGCUGGGCAUAUUCGGAGGCCUCUGGGGGGCGCUGUUCAUCAGGGCCAACAUCGCCUGGUGCAGGAGACGUAAAUCCACUCGUCUGGGUCACUACCCCGUCAUGGAGGUGCUGGUGGUCACCGCCCUCACCGCCGUGCUCGCCUACCCGAACAGCUACACCAGGAUGAGCGGCGCCGAGCUCAUCGCCGAGCUGUUCAACGACUGCUCGCUGCUCGACUCCUCGCAGCUCUGCGGCUACAAACCGCCGACCAACACCUCAAAAACAGGAGUAGGCAACAGCCUGGCGGACCGGCCUGCAGGUGAAGGCCUGUACACCGCUCUGUGGCAGCUCGCCCUGGCUCUGGUCUUCAAGAUGAUGAUCACCGUGAUUACAUUCGGCAUGAAGGUUCCCUCCGGCCUCUUCAUCCCCAGCAUGGCGGUCGGUGCCAUCGCCGGCCGGCUGCUGGGCGUCGGCAUGGAGCAGCUGGCCUACUACAACCACGACUCGUUCAUCUUCAAAGGGUGGUGCUCGCCGGGAGCGGACUGCAUCACGCCGGGGCUCUACGCCAUGGUCGGCGCCGCCUCGUGUUUAGGUGGGGUGACCCGCAUGACGGUGUCGCUGGUGGUCAUCAUGUUCGAGCUGACCGGCGGCCUGGAGUACAUCGUCCCCCUCAUGGCCGCCACCAUGACCAGCAAAUGGGUGGCAGAUGCGCUCGGGAGAGAGGGAAUCUACGAGGCUCACAUCCGGCUGAACGGAUACCCCUUCCUGGAGCCCAAAGAGGAGUUCGGGCACAGCAGCCUGACGGUGGACGUGAUGCGGCCCAGGAGGUCGGACCCGGCGCUCGCGGUGCUCACGCAGGAGGGCAUGACGGUCGGGGAGGUGGAGGCUUUGGUGGAAAGCACUCGCUACAGCGGCUUCCCCGUGGUCGUCUCCCAGGAGUCCCAGAGGCUGGUGGGCUUCGUGCUCCGGAGAGACCUGCUCAUAUCUAUAGACAACGCCCGUAAGCGGCAGGAGGGCGUGGUCAGCGCGUCCCAGGUGGUCUUCACCGAGCACGCUCCGGCUCAGGCCGACGACGGCCCGCCGCCGCUCCGCCUCCGCGGCAUCGUGGACCUGAGCCCCUUCACGGUCACGGACCACACGCCCAUGGACAUCACCGUGGACAUCUUCAGGAAGCUGGGGCUCCGUCAAUGUCUGGUUACGCACAACGGGAGGCUUCUGGGAAUCAUCACUAAAAAGGACAUACUGAAGCACAUGGCGCAGAUCGCCAACAGGGACCCCGACUCCAUCCUCUUUAACUGAACUCUCUCUCUCCUCCCUCUUCGUCAUCCCUCCGUCUCUCCUCCAGGAGAGAGAGAGAGAGAGAGAGAGGGAGGAGAGAGAGAGGAAGACACCACCUUGCACACUCGAAGAAAAAUGCACCUUUUACCUCUUUUUGAAAAAGGCCGUUGAGAGAACGCCAAGUAAGUCGAGCCCCAUUUGCACAGAGAACAAUGGCUCCUUUUUUUGUUUUUAUUUUUUUUGGGAAGAUGGAGGUGUUCCUUGGCUUUCUGUUUGUGGCUCUUCCUCACUGACACUGCUCGCCCCCAUUUAUCGUUCAACACAGAAGGAUUUAGUGUGUGUGUGUGUGUGUGUGGGGGGGGGGGGGGUUCUUCCUUUUUUGUGUCUCUCUCUUUUCUACAAAAAGAAGAAGAAGUGAGAAACGGUUAAAAGGAGGUGCGAACAGUUAAUCCUCGUGUCACACACACACUGACAGCAGGAGAAAUGAAGACGAAGAGGGUUUGUGGAGCUCCGUGCCGCGUCCCGCCCUCCGGCCGCCACGGCGAGCCCAGACAGAGCACUCUGAGCUGGGCUGAUGGAUGCUCGGACGCCUCCUCCCCCCUCAUGCAGCCUCGGGGGGGGGGGGGGGGGGGGGGCUAAGCAUACAGGUGUGUGAAGACCAUCUAACACACACACUUACACUCCAUAAAGACUUCAUGACAGCCUGGGAACUCCCCAGAAAUGUCCGUUUGUCUUCUUUCCUCCUCGUUGUGCAGACUCUGGUGAUUUGUAACAGGCGGCGAGAGACUCCGGUCCGGGGGCUCAGCGAUCGGUUAUAAUCCUCAAAUAAUCAUGCAUGCAUCAUGACAAUGCUGCAAAAAACCACAUCAUGCCUUAAUGAAGGGUGUGGGGGUGUUCCUGGGCUGCUGUGGAAGGGCUAAAAAAAUAAAAUUAUAUAUAUACACAAAAAGAGAAUCGUGACACGCAAGUUAAUUUAUGUAAAUGUGAAAAAUUGUUUGUCCCACUAAAUUAUUUCACUGACUUAAAAAUGUGUCUGUUUAUUUGUAUGAUAUUGAUCCUAAUUAUGUGUUUUUUUGUUUACAUUUCAUUUUGUUCGACGAAUAACAAAUUUAAUCUGU